UGUUACGGCACCUCAAAAUUCAGCACACGAUCGUGGACUUAUGACUGGACACGACGAGAGGACGAGGACCGAUACCGAUAGCGAAACUACGAAGAGCAAAGAUGAUCAGCAGGCGUUUGCAUUUGGGGGCUCACCCCCGCCGCCAUCCAGAGAGAAGCCCUUGUCUUACGAGGGGGAACUGUGCCAGCAUGACGUCGCCACAGCCGCAGGCAGCCCCAUAGCUUCUGGUGCCGUUCCACUUGAUAAUGGUGACCGUUACACCUUUGGGGGCGUGACAGGAAAGAGAAUAGUUCAGCGGCUGCCGCCAGCGACCC